UCAGAUCUUGUAUGAUCAUUUCUGUUGUCUUAUUUCUCUUGUGAAGUAGAUUAGCCAUACCUGAAAAAUGGUGCACUCUUUAAGCUCAUGCACUGAUGGCGGUGCCUCCCCAUGUGGGGUGGCUGUGCCACAGCCCAUUGCUGACAGCUGCAACGAGCCUUGUGUUCGUCAGUGUCCUGACUCCAGGGUGGUGAUCUACCCUCCGCCGGUGGUUGUGACCUUCCCUGGACCAAUCCUCAGCACCUUCCCGCAGCAGAGCGUCGUGGGAUCUGCAGGAGCCCCUGAAGUUGGAACUGGCUUUAGUGCUGCCAGGGCUCCUGGGGGCUCACACGUUUACGGUGGUGCCAGAUGGGGACGAGGAUAUCCGAUUGGAAGCUGUAGACCAUGCUAAACCUAGUGAGAGUUGCUGCUGAAAGAAGAAUGUCCAGGAGAUGACAAGCAGGAUGUAGCUAUGUGGCCAAGCUCCAGGGCACAGCAUUUAGGAAAACUUGAGCAUUUGGGGCUGCCAUUAAAUGCAUCUGUAGAUGCUCAGAUCUUCUGAAAAAUCCAUUUACAUCCUUCUCAGAUGACCGUUCCCGAUCAUCUCUUUUGAAUGCCUUCCUAACUUUCUAAGUGCUCUGUUCUUGAUGCUAUGGACUAUAUUACUAACACCUUGGGGGCUUAUAGGUAUCAUUGUGGCAAUGUAAAGGGAUCUGGUAUGAUAUCCAUUUUAGAUCCCUUUGUGGGCUCUUCCUGUGGCUACUGAUACAUCAAAAAGGGUUGUGCAGUCAACUAGCCUAUGCCCUGUUUCUGUGCUGUAUGUGUCUUGCUAUGAUCAGGGCUGAAUAUCAACACAGAGCUGCAAUAGGGAAGCAACAUCAGUUAUUACAUGAAUCAUCUUGCAUCAAACCACAGGUUGUGAGCAAUUUGUAAUCUGUACUAUAUAAUCCUGCCUCUGCAUGAUCUGCUUUCUUAUUAAACAUGACAUUGCAACACGUUGUUUGCC